AGAAACCCCAUCGAUGCGCGCGGGCGUGAGUGCGCGCUCGCGAGAGAGGCAGUUGAUAGGGAGCACCGCGCGUGAGCAGCGCCGCCCGCCAUUUUACAUUAUUGGGAAUCAAGCGGAGCUCCGCCGGGGAGUCAUUUACCCGCCCCCAGAACACAUAUUCAACACAAACAGACCCUAACAGACCAGCAAAACAUCGUCAGAUUUCUGGAGACAUGGCCACUGAACAUAUUAAUGGGAAUGGUACAGAAGAACCAAUGGACACGACUGCUGCAGUUACCCAUUCUGACCACUUCAACACUUUAUUAGAAGCUGGUUUACCACAAAAAGUUGCUGAAAAGCUAGAUGAAAUUUACCUAGCAGGCCUUGUGGCGCACAGUGACCUGGAUGAGAGGGCCAUUGAAGCACUGAAAGAGUUCAAUGAGGAAGGUGCACUGCAAGUUCUCGUCCAGUUCAAAGAGAGCGAUCUAUCCCAUGUGCAAAACAAAAGUGCCUUUCUCUGUGGAGUGAUGAAGACCUACAGGCAGAGAGAGAAACAGGGGACCAAAGUUCUAGAUUCCACUAAAGGACCAGAUGAAGCAAAAAUUAAGAUUUUGCUUGAUAGAACAGGCUACACCCUUGAUGUCACUACAGGUCAGCGCAAGUACGGUGGCCCUCCGCCAGAGUCCGUCUACACAGGAACUCAGCCCACGGUUGGGACGGAGAUAUUCGUGGGGAAGAUCCCGAGGGACUUGUUUGAAGAUGAGCUAGUUCCUCUGUUUGAGAAGGCAGGGCCUAUCUGGGAUUUGCGUCUGAUGAUGGAUCCUCUAAGCGGCCUGAACAGGGGCUAUGCCUUCCUCACGUUCUGCACUAAAGAGGCUGCACAGGAGGCCGUCAAGCUAUGUAACAAUCAUGAAAUUCGCCCGGGCAAACAUAUUGGCGUGUGUAUAUCAGUGGCAAACAACAGACUCUUUGUGGGCUCCAUUCCCAAGAGCAAGACAAAAGAACAGAUUGUUGAAGAGUUUUCCAAAGUCACAGAGGGUCUUACUGACGUAAUCCUUUACCAUCAGCCGGAUGAUAAGAAAAAGAACAGGGGCUUCUGUUUUCUGGAGUACGAGGACCACAAAACAGCAGCGCAGGCUCGACGGAGGCUCAUGAGCGGGAAGGUGAAGGUCUGGGGCAACGUGGUCACCGUCGAGUGGGCCGACCCUAUUGAGGACCCCGACCCGGAGGUCAUGGCGAAGGUGAAAGUGUUGUUUGUCAGAAACCUGGCGAACAGCGUCACAGAGGAAAUACUUGAAAAAGCAUUCGGCCAGUUUGGCAAACUGGAGCGAGUAAAGAAACUGAAAGACUAUGCCUUCAUUCAUUUUGACGAAAGGGAUGGAGCGGUCAAGGCGCUGGCAGAAAUGAACGGCAAAGAUUUAGAGGGAGAGCACAUUGAGAUUGUGUUUGCCAAGCCACCCGACCAGAAGCGGAAAGAGAGGAAGGCGCAGCGUCAAGCAGCGAAGACGCAAAUGUAUGAUGAUUACUACUACUACGGCCCUCCUCAAAUGCCGCCUCCUGCCAGGGGCCGGGGCAGGGGUGCCAGUCGGGGCGGUUACUCUUACCCGCCCGACUAUUACGGCUACGAAGAUUACUACGAUUAUUAUGGUUACGAUUACCAUAACUACAGGGGCGGCUACGACGACCCGUACUUCGGCUACGAUGAUUUCCAGGCGCCCGCUCGAGGCAGAGGGGGGCGCGGCGGGGCUAGAGGCGGGGCGUCUCCUGCGCGUGCCAGAGGGGCCAGCGCUCCACGGGGCAGGGCGGGCUUCCCGCAGCGCGGAGGUGCCGGAGGCGGUCUGGGAGCGAGCAGGGGCCCACGCGGAGGAGCCAGAGGCGGGGUUCUGCCGAGAGGGCGCGGGGUACGUGGUGCUCGGGGUGGACGCGGUGGAAAUGUAGGAGGCAAGCGCAAAGCUGAUGGCUACAACCAGCCAGAUUCCAAACGGCGCCAGACCAUUAAUCAGAACUGGGGCUCGCAACCCAUUGCACAGCAACCCUUGCAAGGUGGCGAUCAUUCUGCAGGGAAAAGGGGUCGAGGCUGGUCCUGACAUGUCCCAGUGAAGACUGACUAGAUCAGUGGGGUCACGCCAGGUGCUGCCAGCGGAUGUGAUGGUAAGGUCCGUUCCACGGUCCAACUCAGUUCCUGCCUUACGGAAGCAUAUCUUCUCCCUGUCUGCCUCCAAGAUUGCCAUCAACGCAAAGUCACGAUUUAGACAUGUUUGGACUCUUCUUUGUGUAUUGUUUUCUUUGUUUUUGUAUUUAACUUUUUAAGUUUAUAAGAAUGUCCCAAAACCCUUGUGUCAUGAACGAAAAUGCCAUUUACAGUUACUUAUGGAGGUCAAGUAGCCCAAAGGAGUUUUAUCCUUAAACGUUACAUGUAUUUUGCACUUUGUAGAUGUUUGAAGUGGCUUGGAGGAGCUUGAUGCUGUUGUGUAUAUUUUUGUGCAUUUUAACUGCGGCUUAUCAUGAGGAUGAACAUGUUAAGCUUGUAUUUGAGUCUUGCGUUUUAUUUUAUUUUUAUUUUUUUCCUCUCGGUUGUUACAACCUGGCGUGAUUUGACCAGGCAUUCCAGGUUAAAUGGUUCUUUUCUGAACCCUUUUUUUUAGGAUUUAUUUCUUUUUUUUUUUUUUGGAAAGGGUUGGUUAACUACCUCAUCCUGGAGGCUGAAACUGCCCUAUCUGUACUGUACAUACGGAGACCUAAUGCAAGCAGGGCUUUUUAUAUUCAACUUAUGCACAAGGGCAACAUCAGAGCCAAUGUACCUAGUGUAUUAUAGUCCUUUUGUAAUAAUGCUGAACAGUCAGACUGGGCAUGUGAAUGACACUCAUGUGAUGAGUCUAAAGAAGCAUCAGUCUGAGCUGCCUCUGAGGAUGUAGUUACAGGUUUGGAAGACGGGUGAUGAGGAUGUCACUUGUUCGUAAAGGCUUGAACUUGAGGAAAAAGCUACUUUGAGAAGCUUUAGCUGCGUUUCUCAGAACCCUGCCCCAAAUGAAUUGCAUUUUAAAGCUUUAUUUUAAGAACAUGCAGUCCACAUUGAUGGCUGCUUGAUCGAUUUUGAAACCAACACCAUCCCUUUUGUGUACUGUGCCACCUGGACAUGCACAAGUCACCAUCAUUUUUAAAGGUAAGUUCAGAGUAUCACUUUCGCAUCAAGACCGUUCAGAUCGAACCGGUGCUUCCGCUUUCUCCUCUUGAUGGAGGCAGUUAGGCUGGUCUGGCUCUAUCAGCUGCGAUCGAUCUCUGUACUCGAGCUUUGCUCCAUCUCCAUCCCUGGCGCUGAUCCUGAAUCAGACUGGAUUGGUGAGAGCUGCUCCGUUUUCCAUUCGGUCUGUAAUGAGAGCUGUGCUCAGGGCGGAUAGGACGUAUGAUGUCAUUGAACUGGGCACACCGUAGCUGCCUUUUCGUCACAUUUAAUGUGAUGGGUUAUUGAGAUAUGCAUCAUUUUGGGCAUGUUAUUGGUAACUUCAAUCCUCUUGUGUGCUCGUACAGGGUUUAUACAUUUUUAAAGGGAUUCUGUUGAUGUUUCAGUUUCUUUUUGUUUUGCCUCUUUAAAAAGUAUUGACUGGAUUUUUGAAUAUGACUGACUCCACAAUUAUUUCUGUAUCACCAUCAAGCCAUUUUUAUAAAAAAUGGUGUUUUAAAGUACUGCUGCAUAACAAGUGUUUUUGCAUUCCUGCAAAUAAAUUUUGUAAAAUGAAAA